AUGGUUGGAACAACCGGCGCCGGUCUGUUCCACAGCGCGGACUCCGGCGAGAGCUGGCGACGCAUCGGCAGCCCUUUUCCCGGCGAGUCCCAGGUAAGGGCACUGGCCGUCGACCCCAGCAGCCCCAACGUGGUGUAUGCCGGAGCGGAAAAUGGCAUCUAUCGCAGCGAGGACGCCGGGACGAACUGGGCCAAGCUGGAUUCCCCCAUGGAAGGCCUGAAGAUAUGGUCUAUCGCGAUAGACCCGUCCAACUCAGAUAACGUCUUUGUCGGCACCAGCCCCGCUCAACUCUUCCGCAGCCGGGACGGCGGCCAGAGCUGGGACAAACUGGCGGCCAACAUCGCCCAGGAAUGCGCUAUCGGGGACCCACGGGUAACGGCCUUGCUGGUAGAUCCGGUUGACAGCAAUACCGUGCUGGCAGGGGUCGAGAUUGACGGCGUGUACGUCAGCCGGGACGGCGGUGACACCUGGAGUCACGUUGACCAGGGAAUCACCAACCCGGACAUUCACGGCAUGGCCUUCAGCCUGGGCGAAGAGAAGACUGUACUGGUCAGCACUCCACGGGAAAUUUUCGCCAGCAGUGAUGACGGCGCCACUUUCCAGUCCCUGAUGUCUUCUUCAUCACUGGAAAUGCCCUACUGCCGGUGGGUGGCGGUGAAGGCCGACGACCCGCAGACUAUGUUCGUUGCCAACGGCGAUGCGGCCAUUGGCAACACCGGCACCAUCCGGCGUUCCACGGACGGCGGCCAGUCCUGGAACGAAGUGCCAUUGCCGGUGGAGCCCAACUCGCCGGUGUGGAACUUUGCCACCAACCCGGCCGACCCCGAACUGAUAUUGGCCAACAGCGUUUAUGGAGAACUGUACCGCAGCGAGGACGGCGGGGAGAACUGGGGGAAAAUCAAGAAGGAGUUCACCGAGGUAAGGGCGCUGGCCUGGACGCCGAACUAA